CCCUUCCCGCGGUGCUUUGCGCUCUCCUCUCAGUGGGGCUGGGCCAGUUGCAGCCAAGAUGGCAGACUACGAGGAUCGGGUGUCUGAUGAGGAGAAGGUGCGUAUUGCUGCAAAAUUCAUCACUCACGCACCCCCGGGGGAAUUCAACGAGGUCUUCAACGAUGUCCGGUUACUCCUCAACAAUGACAAUCUGCUCAGGGAGGGAGCCGCGCAUGCAUUUGCCCAGUACAACAUGGAUCAGUUUACCCCUGUAAGGAUUGAUGGUUACGAUGACCUGGUCCUAAUUACAGAACACGGAGACCUGGGCAGUGGUCGGUUCUUGGAUCCUCGGAACAGGAUUUCCUUUAAAUUUGACCACCUAAAAAAAGAUGCAAGUGAUCCUCAUCCUGAUGAAACAGACACAGCUUUAAAGUCCUGGAGAGAUGCCUGCGACAAUGCUUUAAAAGCAUAUGUGAAGGACCACUAUCCCAGCGGCGUCUGUACUGUGUAUGCAAAGACUAUCGAUGGACAGCAGACAAUAAUAGCCUGCAUUGAGGGCCACCAGUUCCAGCCCAAAAACUUUUGGAAUGGCCGUUGGAGGUCUGAGUGGAAAUUCACCAUUUCACAGUCUACUGCUCAACUGGUUGGAGUGCUUAAGAUUCAGGUUCACUACUAUGAAGAUGGUAAUGUUCAGCUGGUUAGCCAUAAAGACGUGCAGGAAUCCAUAACGGUCUCUGGGGAGGUGCAGACUGCCAAGGAGUUUGUAAAGAUUAUAGAGCAAGCAGAAAAUGAUUACCAGACUGCCAUCAGUGAGAACUACCAGACCAUGUCAGACACCACUUUCAAAGCCUUACGUCGGCAGCUGCCCGUUACCCGCACCAAGAUCGACUGGAACAAGAUCCUCAGUUACAAGAUUGGCAAAGAAAUGCAGAACGCCUGAUCAUUUCAAAGAGCUCCAGCGAUGUCUAGUGUGCAAAGCAAAGUCGGAAGUGUUUGGUCUUACACGUAUGCUGUGUAACCCCUUACGUGCCAGAACGGCCGGCAGACUAUUCUGUUAUGGAUGUCCUCUGGCACCGAUGGGGUUAAAAGGAAAAAAGAAAAAAAAAGGGGGUUUAUAUAAUGUGAUAUUUUGCUAGGGCCUACAAAGUUAUUGUAUUUUCUAACCUAGAAGCGCUGCAGAACAAUCGGCUUUGUUUUAUAUUCUUCUCCCAGGAGCCUGUAUAUCUGAUCACUGUGUAUGUUGGUUCAGUUAUUUUUUCUUUCUUUUUUUUUCAAUUGACUUCUUGAUGUUAGAAAACGUACCAGCUAUGAACGCUCUUUUAAGCUCUGUUGAUAGAGCGAGGGAUAAAACAAGGAAUGUUUUCUGCUAAGUCAAUGGCACUUGUAAUGGUAAUCUAGUUGUAGUCACUUCACCUGUUACAUCCAGCCCUAAGUAGUGUUACUAGUUCCCCUCAUCAUCCAUCUCAGCACUUCUCCACUGCUAGAAUACUAGACAAUGCCCCACGAGCCGGAUUAUUCUCCCCCUGACUUUCUUCCUUCUCGCAUUGAUCUGUGCUUCUGCAGCGACCUGAACGUUUGAUGACGGAUUCCUUCAGAUAUGUGGAUUAGCGUCAGUAAUUGUCUCGCAAGACGGGGCUGUUGGGUGUGACGGCUGCUUUUUACAGCUUGGGCAUUUAGGAAUAGCUGAAUUUGGCUCCUUUCACACCUAGCUUUAGUCCGAUCCUAUAUUUUUAAACCUAUGAAAACCUCCAGGUCACUAGCGCAUAGAAGACAUACAUUUAUUUGGCCUGCAUUCACGGCUUUUGGCAUUUUUACUUCUCUAUGAAAAGGCGUCUCACAGCAGCAGUUGCUUUUUUGGGUUUCAUAUAAGAAACGCUGGUGGCCAGGUAGGUUGUCAUUUGAUUGUUUGGCUCAGAUUGCAAUAUUCAGGUUGUUCAGGUCUGCUAUCUCUGCUCUUUUAUCUUCCGUCUCUCAUCUCUUACGGUCUAAAUGAAAACUUGAAACUAGUCAGAUAAAAAGGAAUGGCACUUUCUUUGACCACCCCCCCAUCCUCCUUUUUUUGUGACGAGCAUCCCUAUUGUGUUAAAACGAGCAAUUUUUUUAUACUUUUUCAAACGGUUCGGAGAGGAUAAAGCUUAGAAACAAAAUGGGAUGCAAACCUCUUCAUCUUCUAGCGCUUUAAUGGAUUUGUGGCACGUUGAGAUUGUACCACAGUUAUAUGGACGUUUGAUUAAAACGUGUAUAAAUCAUAAAUAAAGAUUUGCACCAAAGUGAA